AUGUUCUGCCGAAAUCAGUCAGCCAGAGCCACCAUCGCUCGGGGUUCAGCGCUGGAAAUGGAGAUACGACGAGGGAAGUUCAGACAAAGUAUCUUCAUGGACACGCCACAGGACAGCGACAUUCAGAAGAAGAUUGACUAUGAGAUCCGAAUGCGCGAGGGCGCUUGCAAGCUCCUGGCUGCUUGCUCUCAGAAAGACCAGGCUCUGGAGGCUUCAAAGAGCCUACUCACAUGCAACUCCCGUAUCAUGGCCUACAUGUCUGAGCUCCAGCGAAUGAAGGAGGCACAGGUCAUGCAGCGGGUGGCACGCAGGUCAUCAGAUGCAGGCCCAAUGGAUGACCGAUCUCCAUGUAAAGGAAAAGUUGCAAUUUCAGACCUUCGAAUCCCUCUGAUGUGGAAAGACACAGAAUACUUCAAAAACAAAGGAGAGCUGCACCGCUGUGCUGUGUUCUGUCUGCUGCAGUUAGGAGGGGAGAUUUUUGACACCGACAUGGUGAUGGUGGACAGAACCCUCACAGACAUCUGCUUCGACAACACUAUAGUCUUUAAUGAAGCGAGCCCAGGCUUUGAGCUGAGGUUGGAGCUCUAUAGCUGCUGUUCGGAGGAUGAUUACUCAGCGGGCAGCACGCCGCGCAAACUGGCCAGCAAGUUGAGCUCCUCACUGGGCCGCUCGUCGGGGAAGAAGCUGCGGGCGGCUCUGGAGCCCGGAGCCUGCAGCCCUGUCAGCAACGGAGGAGCCGCACCACUGCUGCUGCCCGUACCACCGGUGCCAGGACCGAAGUAUCAUCUCCUGGCGCACACCACCCUCACACUCUCUCAUGUCCAGGACAGCUUCCGCACACACGACCUCACUAUUACUGGCAACGAGGAGUGUUCGUACUGGUUGCCGCUGUAUGGCAGUGCAUGUUGUCGUCUAGCAGCUCAGCCUCACUGUAUGACAAACCAGAUGAUGAGUGGCUGCCUCAGGGUCAAGCUCGGUGGGGAGCCCCAAGGAUGGACGAAUGUUUAUGGCGUCCUAAAAGGAACAAACCUCUUCUGUUACCGCCGGCAAGAAGACAUUGAGGCCAACGUGGAGCCCUUAUUAACUAUCGGCAUCAACAAAGAGACGAGGAUACGUGCAGCAGAGAGAGACCCUCACAGCAAAGCUCAGAGCAUCUGCAUCAGUAACCAGUACGGAGGAGAAGAGGUCACACACACAUUAGCCACAGACUGUCGGGAGGACACACAGCGCUGGAUGGAGGCCUUCUGGCAGCAGUUCUUUGACAUGAGUCAGUGGAAGCAGUGCUGUGACGAGCUGAUGAAGAUUGACCAGCCUUCACCACGCAAACCUGCUCUAAUUACAGCCAAACAGGGCUCUCUCUACCAUGAGAUGGUUAUUGACACUUCUGAUGACAUAGGCACAGUCACUGACAUCCUGGCGAGGCGUAUUGAAGAGCUUGAGCUGCGAGCUCAGCUGGACGCCCCACCUCACUGGAUGUCACUUUUUGAGGAGGAGCCCCCUGGAAGCCCUCAAAACCACAGGAAUCAUCAUCGUACUGCACGCCACUCCCCUCACACUCCCAGCCCCCGCCUGCAUAGCCGCCAACCCCGCAGCCCCUCCGGCCUGCUCUCCUCUGACGCCAGCCUGACCUCAGACAGUGAUAGUCCCUGCAGCACCAGCCCUCGCUCACAUCACGCUUGGCCCCGCGACCUCCCCUCCGGCCGCUUCCGUCCCCGCACCCUCUCCCUGGACGCCAAGCUGUCCACCCUCAAGGCCCAGCGGGGCUAUGGGGGCUUCCAGUGCUCCUGUCAGGCUCCUUCUGCAGGCUCAGUUGCUCCUCGGCCCAGUCAAACGGCUCUUUCCUGCUCCAGCUCUACGUCCAGCAACAGCUCCAGCGAGGGCAGCAACAGCCCUGAGUCAGAUCUGGCCUUUUCUCGGCCAUCUGGUGCCCGCCGCAGCCUGAGGAACCUCAGAGCAAAGCUGGACCCCAGAAACUGGCUACAGAGUCAGGUGUAGCUUCUUUUGGUUUUCUCAAGAGGAGUCUACACUUUAAAAGUCAGUCUUCAUGUUUAACUUGGGCCAGCUCGUUGUCAUGCAACCUCUGGGAAGAACUGGAAUGACUCAGGUUGAGGACAUGUGACUGCCCUCGCAUUUGAAGAUGUGACAAACGCAAGCGUUCAUGGGAGAUUUCCUUCUCAACUGGGUCACUACCAUGGUAGAUGGACUGUUAUUUAUACAUAACUCACUUAUACUACAUGCAAGAACCUGCAAUUCUGGACCUCAAAAUGUAGAAUGCAGCGUUUCUAUUAGAAUAGACCUUGUAAAUCUGAGUUUUCCUACUGUGUCUUCCAAACUGGGCUAAAGAUCUCCGAACUGGCGCAGUAGUUUUCAGUAAUCUUCUCAGUGUGGCCAAUUUCACACCUCACACACACGUCUCACAACCUGGCAUCUUGUGAAGCUCUCAACAUUGAUGUCACUGGUAUGCCUUCACACAUAAGCUGCUUUAUAAAUAGAAGCUGUGUUUGGAAAAAUAAAACAGGAUUUAGUGGAGUUCACUUAGCAUAUAAUUAUUAACUUAAAAGCUAUCAUAAGCUCUACUUGCUGAUACAACAGUAAAACUAAAUGCACCCACACAGUGUAAUCUCCAUAUGGAGCUAUCAGUUACAGACUACUUUUUUAUGAGGUUUCUCAUCACUCAUAAUUAAAAAAAUACUUUGGGGCCUCAAAACAAAGCAGGUGUUUUGUCAGUCUGUUAAUGUUGUGAACUGGUCAUUGCGUAACUAAAGUAUAUAUGCAAAAGUAUUAGUGAAUCUCAAAAAGCUUUGUAAGUUGCUCAGAUAAUACAUGAUUAAAAUGUGAUUCCAUGUACUACUUGUAACUGUGAUGACCUCAGAGUGAGUACUUUUUCCUCAGUUUGUACUCCGACCCGGCUGCACACGGAUGAGUUUCUCUAGGACAUUUACAGUCGUGAACGAUACAGUUUGAACACCCCCAGACAAAUGUACACUGCGAAGUUUAGUGCAUAAUCUCUACUUAUUUGCUGACUUUAACAUAAUCAAAAAAAAUUAAAAAUAAAAUGGCAUAACUUUUUCACAGGCCACAUUUUAUGUUUUAGUUUUUCCCAAUAUGUUAAAUUCAGCAAACAGUAAUUGUGCAUUAAAAUGUGCAGAAGUGUGUUCUCUGUAGAGGAUGUGUAACUUAUUUUCACUUCAGUUUUCAAAAUCAGCAGAGCAUAAUUUGACUAGGAGUGCCCAAACUUUUGCAUACAACUGUAUCAGUUAUUGUUUUUUAAUAGCUAUGGUCCAGGAUGGUUCUCUUCCUUUAGUCAUAGUUCUUCUUCCAGGUAGGCUGAUUUUACACUGACAAUGAGUUUCUCAAAAUCUUUUCAUCAUGCUAAAUACAUUAUAAACAAAAAUGUUUGAUUACUAUGCAAACGUGACAUGUAAGUUAUGGUCCUGAUUUGCUUUUGCAUUGUUGGUACAUGCGUACUACCUUUACUGCCCCCUCCCCUUGUAUUUCAUUGGCCUAUGAGCCAGUUUUGCACUUUUACGAUAUGAUGUAAAGGGUGAAUUUAAUGGGAAAUGUCUUAGUAACUUGUUCUGUCAUUUUUGACAUUUUGCCCUUGUCUAAAAUUUUAGAUAUAGUCAGUUAAACAAUCCAGUAAACAUUGGCAGAUGAUGAUAUGAAUACUUUAUCGUAGCGUAUAUGAUUCUCAGGCGUUUCAAUUCAUAAAAUACUGCAGUCUUUGUAAGCACUGCAGUACAUAAGAAACAACUGCAUGUAUGCAAAGCAGGAAUUCUCAGUAACAAACGUUUGGUGUGGUGGUUCAUUGUGCAUUUUUUCUGAAUAGCUGUGUGUUUACUGUAAAAUGUGUCGGUAAGAUGAAAGUGGCGUUAAAAGCCGUUCUGCUCAGAAUUAUAUGGAAGAUAACGUCAUAUAACUAUGUUGAGGCAAAACUAUUAAAUAAUACUGCUUUUCUUUGCUAAGAGCCAUCAGCUUGUACUUAAAAUAAGUUUGUAAAUUCAUUCACGCAGUGUUUCCUAUUGUAAAGUUUUGUAAUUUAACAAAUGCUUUUGUUAAAACUGUAUUUUACCAUAUUGAUUUUGUUAUAAAUACAGCUAUAUUGAGAUUUUAUCAGAAGAUACAGUAAAGAACUAACUAUCCUGGUAGAUAGCUUUACAACUUAACCUUGAGAUGAGUGUCCUGUCAGGCUGUCUGCAUGCACAUUGUCUUUGAAGAGGUAACUAAUUCAAGAUGUAGAAUGAUAGAAAUGAAAUGAUUAAAAAGCAUUAAAUAAGCAGAAACUAA